AUGACAGGGGUGUCAAACCCUUCAGGACCAGCAGACCCAGUCCUCCAGGACCAGCAGACCCAGUCCUUCAGGACCAGCGGACACACAGUCCUCCAGGACCUGCAGACACACAGUCCUCCAGGACCAGCGGACACACAGUCCUCCAGGACCAGCAGACACACAGUCCUCCAGGACCAGCAGACACACAGUCCUCCAGGACCAGCAGACCCAGUCCUCCAGGACCAGCAGACACACAGUCCUCCAGGACCAGCGGACACACAGUCCUCCAGGACCAGCAGACCCAGUCCUCCAGGACCAGCAGACACACAGUCCUCCAGGACCAGCAGACACACAGUCCUCCAGGACCAGCGGACACAGUCCUCCGGGACCAGCAGACACCCAGUCCUCCAGGACCAGCAGAUACCCAGUCCUCCAGGACCAGCAGACACCCAGUCCUCCAGGACCAGCGGACACACAGUCCUCCAGGAAUUGAUUUGGACACCCCUGCGUUAUGGCAUUGCAUACUGUAUGACUACAGUACAAACUGUAAUCUAUGUAGAGGACCUCCUGUAUCACUGUGGAAUCCUGUAUCACUGUGGAAUCCUGUAUCACUGUGGAAUCCUGUAUCACUGUGGAACCUUUGAACUAUCCUGCCUGAAAUCCUCCAUCUCUUCCCUGGACUGUUGAAUACGUUCUAGGACAGGUUCUAGAGUCAGAAUGGGUUCUACUGUUCCUGUUUCUUCCAUGUUGUUAGUACUACUGGCGGUGUUCCACGUCUCCACAUUGGGACAGUGUCAGAGCCCCC